GUCCCCGUCCCCCGUCGGCGGCACGGCGCGGGGCGGGUGGCGCUCCCCGCCAGCGCAGCGGCAUGAAGGAGCCGUCGCUGCCCGGUACCUCGCUGCAGCGGGCCUGCCGCCUCCUCGUCGCCUUCUGCGCCCUCCACCUCUCGGCCACGCUGCUCUACUACCUGGCGGGCAGCGCCCUGGGGCCGCCGGGCAGCCCCGAGCCGCCGCCGCGCCGCCCGCCGCCCGCCAACCUCUCGCUGCCGCUCUCCCGCCCGCCGCCGCCCUCCGCCCGGCCCCGGCCCCCCCACGCCUCGCCGCCGCCGGGCCCCUGCCCCGACCCCUCCCCGCUGCUCGUUGGUGCACUACAUGUAGAAUUUUCCCAUCCUGUGAACCUGGAAGAAGUAGCAAGAGGAAACCCAGAGGUCAAAGCAGGAGGUCGUUUUGCUCCGAAGGACUGUAUGGCACUUCAGAAAGUAGCAGUAAUCAUACCAUUCAGGAACCGAGAGGAGCACCUGAAGUACUGGCUGUAUUACCUGCACCCAAUUCUCCAACGGCAGCAGCUAGAUUAUGGAGUAUACGUUAUCAAUCAGGAUGGAGAAGAAGAAUUUAACCGUGCUAAACUGCUGAAUAUAGGAUUCACAGAGGCUUUGAAAGAGUAUGACUAUGAUUGCUUUGUGUUUAGUGAUGUAGACCUCAUCCCAAUGGAUGACAGGAACACCUACAAAUGUUACAGUCAGCCACGGCACCUCUCUGUAUCCAUGGACAAAUUCGGAUUUCGGUUGCCUUACAAUCAGUAUUUCGGAGGCGUGUCUGCCUUGAGCAAAGAGCAGUUCACAAAGAUCAAUGGAUUCCCAAACAAUUACUGGGGCUGGGGUGGCGAAGAUGAUGACAUUUUUAACAGGCUGGUGUUUAAAGGCAUGGGGAUAUCCCGUCCGGAUGCCGUCAUUGGCAAGUGCAGAAUGAUUCGGCAUUCCCGGGACCGGAAGAAUGAACCCAACCCCGAGAGGUUUGAACGAAUUGCUCACACAAGGGAGACAAUGAGCUCUGACGGCUUAAAUACACUAUCCUACAAGGUGUUAAGAACUGACAAGUACCCUCUGUAUACAAAGAUCACAGUGGAUAUUGGCUCACCACAUAGCUAACAUCACAGAUACUCGAGAGACCUUGCCUAUCAUGCCCAGGACAUCUGGCCUCACCGAUGCUUUACAUCUGCUGGUUUUAUAACAGUUGCAAUGAACACAAAAAAAGGCCUCUUUUGGUAUGCCAAAGCAUCUCCAAAUAGGUUGGACAAGUGCUUUUUUUUUGUUUUUUAAAUUCCAAACUUGACUUUACAUAACUUUCUAGCUCUCCAUUGUUUUCUGAGUACAUAAGCUGUACAUAAGAGUUGUAAAUAUUUACUUUGCCAGAAAAUGUUGAUUCUGAUCUAUUUGCUGCAGCGCUCCCCAUGUUGAGGUAAUUGCUGGACUCAAAUUUCACUGAUUACAACUGGGAUGGAUCAGCAAUUACUGCCCAUGAUAUUUUGAUAUUGUAAAUGAGGUGGAUGAAAACAUUCCUUUUAAUUAAUUCGUGGCUUUACUUUAUGAAGGACUGUAAAAUGCUGCUACAAUUAUACAAGUUUACUCUUUGCAUUAGAUUUUCUUUUUUAAUGGAGACAAUAUCAUAUAUUUUUUUCUCAUAGUGACCAAAACAAACAUCUUCUCUGUGUGCACAGCAAGUGUUGAACAAUCAAGUCUGGAUUCAAUGAAUGUAAUUUCUUAUAGGCUCAAAGGAGGCUUUGAGUCAUUUGAGCCAGAGUUUGCCAGAAUUUGCCAGUGAGCUCUUUGCGUAGGGUGGAAGCUACUCAUAUGGUGUCUGCAAAAACCACUGGCUUCAGAUAACCUUACUUCUGGAUGUGGUAGUGACUUUUUGCCUCAGCACAACAACACCUGGGCGGUGGGUUGUUUUUUUUUCGGGGGGUGGUUUUGGGUUUUUCCUGUAAUAAAGAUGACUUAAUUUAAUUGGUCUGUUAAAUUAUGGCCUUAAAAUUUGCUGACGCUUGUUAACAAUGAUAGAAAGUUACCAUGCUAUUUAAACAUUGUCUGAAGCUUCCUAAAACCAAAUUUUUUCUUGAAAGGUCAUGCAUAAAACUUGAAUUCAGUUAUUACUUUUUUGUUGUUGUAAUAUUUUAAUAACUUUCUAAAGUAAUUUGUAUAUCAUAAGCAGUAUAUUUAAUACCAGAUUAAACUAGGGUGCAGCAUAACAGCAUAUGAUUCAAGGCCUCCUUUAUCUUCAGACUAGUGGGCUUUUUAUGUGCAUCAUUAUGUAUAAGCCAUGUAUUAUAUUUGCUCUGCAUAUUUGUCCAUGAAAUUUCCUGCGGUGCUGAUAUAUUCACAGCAGGGCUGACAUCCAAUCGAUUUUUCUUUGCCUAAAGCCUGUUGCAAUAUGUGUCCUCUAUUGGGAAACUCCCUUCUGAUUUUCUCAGGCUUUGAGGGGCAUGCACAUUUUGGAGUACUACUUUUUGUCAGUGUACCAGGGCACCACCUGUACAGACUCCCUGCUUUUCCUUCCUGUGACCAUAUAAAAGCCUCAAGCGCUGACACCCUCAGAGCUGGUUUAAGUGAUUUAAAGGACUUGGCCAGAACUGAGAACUGAAUUGCUUCUGGCAAGUACUUUGCCACCAGCUCUGACCACAGCAAUUUGCACUUCCUUGGCCUGUGCUGAAGGCUGUUGAAAUCAGGGACAGUUGUUGUAUUGGGGAUCAUCUUCAGCACUGCCUCUUCUUCUUUUUUUUUUUCUUUUUUUUUUUUUUAAGUUUGUGGGGUUUUGUUUUAUUUUUUUUUUUUUUUUUUGAGACCUGAAGGUUUUGCUGAACCCUUGCACUGCAGGGGUGGGAUCCUGCAGGGGCUGGGGGACAGUGCAUUUCUUUUUAGGCCAGCAGGGCUAAAAGUAUGCAUGGAGACUUUAGUUACUAGGGAGACACCCAGCUGCCUUUUCAGUCUCCUUUUGACAAAGUGAUCCCGCGCCCCCCCGCCCCCCCCCGCGUUGGCUUAAAAGCUGUUGCUGGCCAGACUUGCUGCUUCAGUCGUGCUGGGAGCUGAGUGAAGGUGGGCUUGCAUGGAGCAGGAGUGAAGCGGAAGGAAGCAGUGUUGUGUUUAAGAGCCAUUCUCAUGUGCUUAUAGUUGCAUUUAAAAAUGACUCCUUUUUGGCAGGUCAGGCUCCAGCCCUUGCAGAUUCAAAGGGGUACAAGAAGAGGGUGUGCUACAUCAGUUAGAUCAAACGUCGACCUGUAGCUGUAGCCUGCACCAGUAAUGGAGGUGCAGGCGAGGACUUUUUUUUUUUUUUUUUUUAAAAGGUGCCUUAGAAGCAGGGCCCCACUCCUACAGGUAGCAGAUCAGCACCCAAACUCAUGAGGGUUCCACUGAAAAUCCCAGGUCUCUGCAGAGAGCACCUCAAUUUUGUGCUGAGCCUUUUGGAAAUUGAAGAGUUGGGACCUUCAGCUGUAGUGGUGUCUGUCUGCUAAUAGGCUAUGCAAAGGGGUAACCUGUUGUAAUUGAGCGGUUGUUUGGGGGCAGGAGUGGUUCCUUGCCUUAUGAUUCUCUGAAGAUUAGAAAGAAGUUAGUAUAAUAACUCAUUGUUUUGCUCUACUCCGAAAUCAUUGAAUACUGUGGAGGUGGUCUGAGCACUUGUUUCUGGCUGUUACAAUCAAAGGUUUCUACACAUGUGCCUUGAAAGAGGAGAGGAAUGGAAACUGGAAAACCAGGAAACCUGAAAACCAUUUUCAACAGAGAUACACUAGCGGUGCAAGAAACUGUCGCUUGGUUUCUCUUCUACUGCUAAAGCCACAAGCCAUGUAAAAGCUGAAGCUGCUUUUCAUUGCUUGUUUCGCCCUUUGGUGCUGACCUGUGAUUUCCAGAUCUCAUUGUCCCUGUGUAAACUGUAUUGGGCAAACUCACAAAAUGCUCUUGAUUCAACCUGGCCAUGAAAUUUCUCUUUGCGGGAUUUUUGGGGGCCUUUUCCACAAAUGCUCAUAUUGCACAGAGGUGAAUUCUGGCCAUGACCUGUGGUGGGUGGUGUUUUCCUCUCCCAUACUGGUAGCAAUGUUCAAAGUGAUACUGUGUGUAACAGUUGAAACCCAGAAAUAAUAGCUGCAAAGGAAACCCUAAUACGUGGUUUCUCUGGGAUUACUGUUUGCUUGUUAGGAUGAGUGAGUGUCCUGGCAUGCAGCUUUUCCCUGGGAUGUUACUUGUGUACUGGACUGCUUAUGGGUUUCCUGUAGAUGGUUUUGCUUUUGCAUUUUUAUCAUUUAUAUAUCUAUGGAUUUAUAAUCCGAUGUUCCUGCUUUACUAUGGAUGACAAAUAAAGUAUUUUCAGUUA